UGUCAGUUUAAUUGUAUUAAGUUACAAGUACUGAAUUAUACAUACUUCUGUAAUAGAUACAGGAACUAUUACAUCCUCCCCUGGUGCUACUCCAACACGAAAACCAGUCUCGUCAAAGUUAUAAAUAUCCUGUGGCUGGGUAUUGUGUUGAGUACACCAUGCCAAAUACACUCCAAACCAGUCUUGUACCGCAGAAAUAUCAUGGGUCGUAACUCGGACUCGUGCAAUUGGCUUCGUUUUGACAACUCGAAAGAGGAUCGAAGAGCUCUUUAUAAAGCUCUGAAACCAGCGCCAUGAAGGUGCUGGUUUAGGCGGUAUUUCCGCUGCCCGCAAGUGGCCAAUUGCUGUAAAAACCAUCGCUUUUGACGCCCCAUAGCCCGCAAAAUAUGAAUCCUCUACAUAUUUGUAUAUAGCCUUGAUUUGUGCCUCUGAAAGUAUCUUAUUCUGGCCUCCGUAAAUAGGGUUUGGUGCCUGGGCUUUGAGUUUCGCUCGUCGGAGGUUCGUAUUGAGGGUCUUCGCAUUUAUAUUGAAUAUUCGUGCAGCGGUUAUAGGCUUUUCUGAAGGGUUGUCGCGGAGGAAUUGGAGGGCAUCAUCCAUUGUAUUAGAUUUCAAGUACGACGACGAAUCAGUUUUGUCACAAGUGUAUAGAUGAAAGGGGAAUAUAAUUUGUGUGUAAAUCUCUUCUUCGGCUAUGUACAAGACCCCUGGCGUGCUUCAUCUCGCUUUCGGGCUUCAACUCGCUUUCGCCGACCACCUGUAGGGUGGUCGGUGCGAACACCGACGAUUAAGGGCAAUGAGGUUAAUGAAGAUGACGAGGACGAGGAUGUGCGGCCUCCAAGACGGCGAAAGCGGCGCCGCUUGGAUUCUGACGCGACUGAAACCGCCACGCGCGAGAAGGGCCACACGCGCUCAUCCACUAUGACCCAAGCCCAGACCUGCACUACUCGAGGUUCUACAGUUUCUCGAAGUUCACCAGACGAUGCGGAGUCAAUAGGCGCGGACUACCAAGAAUACCCUUUGCAGGGCUUCCUCAAGUGUGUGAGGAUCGGACGAGAGACGACUUACAACCUAGAGUUCAGGCUGCUAGAUCUUCCUGAUUCGUUCAGACCAUCAAUCGGUCUCCACAUUUCAAAUUCAACGUCUAGCGGGGAAUCAGUUGGAGGGUCAGCUCGUCCACAGGUUUGCGCAUCUCAUGCAAAGAGGUCACCGUUAGCUCCGCAGAAACAGGGAAAGCGACCGCUUUUGCGAGAACAAAUUGCGAGCAGAUCUGGUAGGCAAUCGACAUAUUCAGCAGCUGAUGACGAACUGUUGAUACAGCUGAAAGAGGAUGACAAAUUGCCAUGGGACGAAAUUGCAGAGUUCUUCCCAGGAAGGACCAAAGGGACGCUGCAAGUGCAUUACUGCACAAAGCUGAAGAACCCCUCGCAGACGUCGAAAUACAAGAAACACAAGGGAAUAUGCUCAUCAGGGUUUUCAUUUUCAAUGGAUUUAGUUGAUCCACAGCUUCGAGAUGCUCUUCCUUCCACACCAUUUCUAGCAGCAACUGCCGACUCGACCAAGGGUGCUCACAGAAGCAUACUAUCAACUGGGAACAAAGAGCAUACAGCAGUGCAGCCGCGUUGUAGCAGCCAAGGAGUGGAAAGCGAUACAGAUGAGAUCUGCGAGGUUGAAGCGCUGCUUGCCAAGUCGACAGUACGUCGUAAUGUGGUUUGGUACCUCGUGAAGUGGGAAGGUUUUGGUGAUGAUGAAAAUACGUGGCAGAAACAGGACGAUAUCAGUUCGGAUCUCGUUGAAUCGAGAUUUCUUCACUCAUCCGGAUGA